CAUCAGCAAGCCAACAGUGCUCAUCAACAGCACCAACACCACAGAAGCAGGCAACAAGAUCGACAACACACAAGCAAGAGAGAGCCAUGAGCGGUGCAGAGUGGGCGACCAAUGUGCUUGGAGCGGUGGGAGGCGCAGCGGUGGGGGCGCUCGCGCUGGGCGCCGUGGUGUGCCGCUUGAACCGCAACAUCGCCGAUUGGGUGUUUGCCCGUAUCUGGCUGUCCAUGAGCGAUGAAGUGGACAAGUCCUUGAAGGUGUACAAGCGAGAGCUCUUCUCCAGCGGGCUCACGGGCCAUGUGCUCGAGGUAGGCUCUGGAACAGGCGUCAACCUCAAGCACUACACAGACCCACAGCUUGGCAAAGACAUUGAAAGCUUGACCAUGCUUGAGCCAAAUGAGCGGCUGUACGAGAAGCUGGAGGAGGGCGUGAAUGAGGCGUCCGGCACCGCCCGUUUCCCCAUCCACACCAUCAACGACUUCUUCCCCAGCGACGCCGUCGCCACGCAACAGUACGACGCCAUUGUGUUUGUGCUCGUGCUCUGCUCCGUCAAGGACCUGCGCGAGACCCUGCACGAGGCCUACCGGCUACUGAAGCCGGGCGGCAAGCUCAUCUUCCUCGAGCACGUGUGCCCGCCGCGCGUCUCGCUCAAGUACCUGGCGGCGCUCAUGAUCAGCCCGCUCUGGACAAGCUACGGCGACGGCUGCAAGCUCACGCGCCAGACAGAGGAGGCCAUUGUCGAGUUUGACUGGCACGAGACGGAGAUUGAGCGGUUCACAAAGGCCGUCCCGCACCACGGCCUGUCAUUGGAAUGGCUCGCAAACAACAUCAUCAUGGGGCAGGCCACCAAGUAGUGAUGCAGAUGUGAUGGAAUUGUGUUUGUGUGUUUGUUUGUGCGUUUGUGUGUUUGUGUGUUUGUGU